CCACCCGCCCCUGAGUCUGCAACUCACUGCCUUUCCUCACCUCACAGUCGGGACUCGGGAACAGAGGAACAGAAUGGAUACGGAAGGGAGCCAAAGCAGCCUGUCCUCCGUGGACAACUCCCCCCACGACCCAUGCAAAAUGUUCAUCGGGGGUCUCAGUUGGCAGACAACACAAGAGGGUCUGAAUGAAUACUUCUGUAAAUUCGGAGAGGUGAAGGAGUGUAUGGUGAUGAGAGAUCCAGUUACGAAAAGAUCGAGGGGGUUCGGUUUUGUGACAUACAUAGACCAAGCUGGUGUGGAUAAAGUUUUGGCGCAAAACAGACAUGAACUGGAUUCUAAAACUAUUGAUCCCAAGGUGGCGUUUCCUCGUAGAGCCCAGCCCAAGUUGGUGACUAGGACAAAGAAGAUCUUUGUGGGAGGCCUCUCAGUAAACACGACCAUCGAGGAUGUUAAGCAAUACUUUGACCAGUUUGGAAAGGUUGAUGAUGCAAUGCUCAUGUUUGACAAAACCACCAACAGACACAGAGGUUUUGGCUUUGUGACCUUUGAGAAUGAAGACAUGGUGGAGAAAGUGUGUGAGAUCCACUUCCACGAAAUCAACAACAAAAUGGUGGAGUGCAAGAAAGCCCAGCCCAAGGAAGUGAUGUCGCCAACGGGUACGGCUCGAGGGCGUGCCAGGGUGAUGCCCUACGGCAUGGAUGCAUUCAUGCUGGGGAUCGGCAUGCUAGGCUACCCCGGCUUCCAAGCAGCUACAUACGCUAGUCGUGGUUACCCAGGAAUCACCCCUGGAUACACCUAUCAGUUCCCUGAAUUCCAUUUAGAGAGGACCCCCCUUCUGACACCAUCCCACCCCUCUGAACUCACAGCCAUUCCACUGACAGCCUACGGACCAAUGGCAGCGGUAGCAGCUGCUGCUAUGAGAGGCUCCACCCAUUCACGUAACGGAGGCUUCCUGGGCACCAGCAGCCCUGGGCCAAUGGCUGACCUGUACGCGGCAGCCAGUCAGGACUCAGCAGUCAGCAGCUACAUCAGUGCAGCCAGUCCCGGCCCCAACUCAGGAUUCAGCCAUGGUCUUGGGGGUCCUCUGAUUGCUACUGCCUUCACCAAUGGCUACCACUGAUCAGACUCAGCCAAUCACCAUACAAAGGAGGAGGUCACUUCUGCUGAUGAGCCAAUCAAACUGCUGUGUGCUACCUAUAGCACAAUACGAUUGGCGGCCACAGGCCAAAUCCCACCCCUGGCUCCCCUUGACUCCACCCACCGACUGAAGAAGAUAUUUUUUUAUUUUAAAUGUCUGUAUUUCCUGUACUAAUAUCACUCCCUCUUCUCAGUUCCUUGUUUAUCCUUUAUCUUUACAAAGGUUUGUUUCAGUGCUGUUUUCCUUUUUAAAUAUCACUCAGAAAAAUAAGUGAGAAGAGCAUGUUGCGGGUUGCGUUCCUAGCAAACCUUCAGAUUCUUUCAGAUUUGUUUUUGCUUUACAUUUGAGUAAUUUUUAUUUAAUCACAAUGUUGUUUACGUGUUGUCUGUUCUGUUGAGCUCCCUUUAAUGUGUUACUGAAGUGAAAUGGUGAUGAGGACGAGAUGAGGGGUAGAGAGAGAUGAAUUGGUAUUUGGGAUGGUGUCUCCUUUUCAAAAGGGGUACCUAGACCACUUAAACAGAGAGGAAGAACAAAGAAAUUGUCAUUUCGUUUUUUUACAAACUUGUCACAGGUAAAAUGAAAAGAAAACUAAAAUGUAUAUUUUGAUGGUUUUUAAAUCAAAACAUUUGUAAUAUUGUUAUUAAUACUGAACAUGAUAAUAAUAAUGAGCAUAAUCGGUAAGAUAUUUUCUUCCGUAAUUUGUUUUCAAAGGAAUGUUUUAUUUUCUUCCUGUAAAAUAUUGUAAAUAGUAUUUCAGGGGAAGGGUGUUGUUGGGAAGUG